AUGAGGGGUUCCUGCGAGAGGUCUGGGGAGGAUGAAGAGCAGAAAGAAGAGGAGGGUAUGGCGGCCUGUGGGGGUCUUUCAGGGGUCCCCGAGGCCGUGCAGGAUACCGAGGCCGAUUGGGACUCCGACCGGGAGACAGAAGGCACCCAUGGGCUUGGAGAACUGGUCAGGGACACACUGUACCUGAGGUCUUGCCGGGCCCAUAGCAUUGUGCCCGUCUCCUGCUUUCUGCGCCAAGGGAGCACCCAAGAGCUGAACCUCCGGCACCGUGGCCUGGGUCCCCAGGGCGCCCGGGCUCUGGCUUCCUCGUUGAGCUCCAAUCCAUAUGUCAAGCGGCUGGACCUUCGAGAUAAUGGGCUCUGUGGGGCAGGUGCAGAGGCCCUGGCAGAUGCCCUGAGCAAAAGCAGCAGCAUCCGUGAAGUGGACCUGUCGGAGAACCAGCUGGGAGUGGCAGGAGCCCAGGCCCUCUGUGCUGCUUUCACCAUCAACCGGGCCAUGCAGAAGAUACAGCUGUCAGGGAAUGGCCUGGAGGAGCAGGCGGCCCAGUACCUUGCUGAACUCCUGCUGGCCCACACAGACCUGAAGUCCCUGGACCUGAGCUAUAACCAGCUGAAUGAGCAAGCAGGGGAGACACUCGGACCAGCCCUGGCAGAAAACACUGGACUCACCGAACUUAACGUGAGCUGGAAUCACCUCCGAGGCCCAGGAGCUGUGGCAUUUGCCAGGGGACUGGAGGCAAACAUCUUCCUGAAAGUUCUAGACAUCUCAUACAAUGGCUUUGGGGAUCCUGGAGCCUCUGCAGUGGGUGAGGCUCUCAAGGCCAACAACGUGUUGGAGGAACUCAACAUGAGCAACAACCGCAUCUCUGCGAUGGGAGCCCUGAGCCUGGGCCUGGGUCUCCGGCUCAACCAGACACUGAGGAUUCUUGUAGUGUCCAGGAAUCCCAUGCGAAGUGAAGGCUGCUUUGGUCUCCUCAAGUCUGUCCAGGACAAUCCAGCCUCUGCCCUGGAGCUGCUGGAUUUCUCAGAUAUCCAGGUGAACGCAGAGUUUGAUGGCCUUGCUAGCUCAGUGAAGGGAAUUCUUCCAGAGCUCUGCAUAAAGACUGGUGCUUGCAGAGUGGAGUAUAAAAAGGAGUUGCUGCCAGUCUUCAGACCAGCCCUGCCAGCGUCUGUCUCUAAGUGA